GCAUGGACCCGAUCGAUCCUCUGAGAUGCAUGGGAGGAUGAGGAUGAACUCAGGAAGCGAGCAGCGGGUGGAGUUUAGUCUAGGCACGAUAGCACCUGUUGCUGUCAGUGUGCCAACAACCACACCAGAGGAACGACCUCACAACCUCUGCGCUUGAAGCUAGGGGAUCACCAUCGUCCUCCUUGGCGUAACUGAUCCGUGGCAGCGAUGUCGGCCGGCAAGGGAAGGAAGACGGCGUGCGUCACCGGAGGGAGCGGCUACAUCGCUUCAGCGCUCGUGAAGACGCUGCUGGAGAAGGGGUACGCCGUCAAGACGACGGUCAGAGACCCCGAGGACAGGGAGAAGAACUCCCACCUCAAGGACUUGCAAGCGCUUGGCCCCUUGGAGAUCAUCCGUGCCCACUUAGACGUAGAAGGCAGCUUUGACGAGGCUGUAUCCGGCUGCGACUACGCCUUCCUCGUCGCUGCCCCGAUGGACUUCGGGUCGGCAGACCCUGAGAGGGACAUGAUCGACGCCGCCGUCCAAGGAACCUUGAACGUGAUGAGGUCGUGCGUGAGGGCCGGGACGGUGAAGCGUGUGAUCCUGACGUCGUCGGAUUCUGCGGUCUCCAUGAGGCCGCUGCCGGACGAGGUUCGUGUGCUCGACGAGGGCUCCUGGUCCGACGUCGAGUACCUCAGGGCCAACAAGCCAUCAACAUGGGCAUACGCAGUGUCGAAGGUGCUUGCUGAGAAGGCGGCAAGCAAAUUCGCGGAGGAGAAUGGCAUUAGCCUUGUCACCAUGUUGCCGGUGUUCAUCUUGGGCGCGGCGCCGGUCACCAAGCCCACGUCCAGCGUCCCUGUCACCCUCUCCCUGUUGACCGGGGAUGAGGCACUGAUGGAUAUCAUGAUAGGCAUGCAGUCGACCACGGACUGCGUGCCCAUAAGCCACAUCGACGACCUCUGUCGUGCCGAGGUGUUCGUCGCCGAGAACGAGUCCUCCUCGGGAAGAUACCUCUGCUGCAGUCACAACACCACCGUCUUGCAACUCGCUCGUCUCAUGGCGGACAAGUACCCACAGUACAAUAUGAAACUCGAACGCUUUGAUGGGUCCCCAGAGAAGCCGAGAGUGUGUGUGUCGUCUGAGAAGCUCAUCGGGGAAGGGUUUGUGUUCAAGUACAAUGAUCUGGGUGAGAUCUUUGACGGCCUUGUUGAGUACGGCCGAACCACGGGGAUUCUACCCUACUGAUGUGUACCUCCGCUUUGAUCGAUAUGUGUUCAGGAGUACAAAAUAAGGUCAUCUCAAAUAAGCAAAACACGCACACGCACACGCACCCCCCCCCCCUCCCCACACGCAUACACACGCCCACACACACACGCGCACGCGCACGCACACACACACACACAUCGGGUUCAUUUACUUCUCGACCAUUUUCGAGUUAAACAUAGAAGUAUCACAACUGAAGCAGAACGUAGAAAUUGUUAUCAAGAUUUCUACUUUUUCAUGUUAGUAUCAACUUUGUGUGAAGUCGUUGUAAAUAAGUCUAAACCCGUGCUUUAUAAGUAUUGACGCUCGAUUUGACCGGUCAGGCCCACUCGUCAGGUGCCACGGUGGCCAAUCGACGUGUACCCGCACGCUGACGAGGAUGGGCCCGACGCGGUCGCUCUCUUACCCCGGCCGGUCUCUCCCCUCAUCCCCCACCCGACCACUCCCCAGUCCUUCCCACCCCACCACUCUCCUCGCCGACGGUCCCGAGCGCCACACGCCCGCAGUACCGCGCAUCCGUCGUCGCCAUGGUUUUCGAGGACGAGAGCAGCGACGACCAGUCGAGCCUCCCGUACAUGCACUCCUUCAACUUCUUCACCGAUGGGAUUUACCAGUGGAGAGAUGUGUAUUAGCUUGUGCAGGUUUCAGUUUCAGUUGAAGACCCGCAUUACCAUGGGCUUGAGCUUGAUAUAACGGUGUUCUAUUAUAAGCACAACAGUGCAUCGAAGAGGCAUGUUGCAUUUGAAGGCACAACCACAGGAAGAAGGUUCUUAGCAUGUGCAGAACAUGUGAUAAUUAUGGUUUCGUUUAAUGGGUUGAUCACGAGUGGCCCGUAAUAGUGCAAAAUGCAUUGUUGAAGCUUUGUGCAAUGUUUGAAGAUGCCAAGAAUGCUAGGGUGACUCAUAAUCUCUAAAGUGUUGUGACUAUUCACCAUCUAUCAGAAGAGAAGAAUACUAUGGAUGCCAACUAUGACAAGUUAGUUAAAGAUGUGCAUGAACUGAUUGAUUUCCAGGAGGAAAGGGUGAUUGAUUUCAGUUAUCUCAAUCCAACCUAACCUAUCAAUAUCAAUGCAGAAGUGAGCUCGUGGCUGAUAUGAAAGGACAAAUUGUAACAGCCCAAAUGUUUCCCUUUCCAUAUUUGUACUCCUUUCCUUAUUUGUGGAGACAUUGUUGAAUCAUGUAUGGAUGUUAUAAGGAGGUUAUCAUUUCAUGUGGCCAUCA